AUGAGUCGGAAACAUAAAGAAAGACAUAAAGAAGGUCGUUUUGGUGGUGGUCGCCUUGAGAUUGAUUUUGGUGAUACCAUCAUCGUCCACGCGAUAUCGAGAGGAACGAGGUACAAGCCACAGUUCUCGCCGUCGGCGUUACUUUUUUUGUUUCACCGAAAUGCACUUUUUUCUUCAACGACGAAAGAAGUUGGCGGCGACGAUAAUGAUGAUGAUGACGAUACCAUCAUCGAAACGAGAACGAAGAAAAUGAUGGAAACGUUUCAUCCGCUGAUGAGGCACAUUUUUGCGAGUUCAAAGUGCGCGAGCUGCGUCCACGCGAUUGAUUUCAGCAGUAACAUUAACAACAACAACAAAAUUGAAGACGAUGUAGACGGGAGGAAGAAAACGAGCAAACAGUUGCACAACGUGUUGAAAAGAAUCAACGCGAAGGAUCGAGCGAUUUCGAUUGCGUUCGGGAGUAAAGAGAGUUUAAUCGUUUUGAACGCGCUCAUGCAACACGAUAAAAUGGAAUCGGUGAUGAGCGUUGUUUUGAUAAAUCCGAUUCCUACCAACGAUGACGCGUCGUCGUCUAGUAGUAGUUCUAGAGAGUUUGCGAAGGCGUGCGAGGAGAUUCGGGAAGGAGCGAUUGGAACGGUAAAAAUGUUCGUCGUGCUCUCUUCCAGAGGGGAAGAGUACGUCCGAGAGAGGGAGAGAAUUGAGCGUAUAUUUGUCGAGAGUGCUUCUAGAAACGAAGACGUCUCUGUGCUCGUUAAAGGUGAAGGCGCAAAGUUGGGCGAAGCAGUCGCGGAUGCGGUGCGAGAGAGAGACGCUUCUGGAAGUACGAUUCACGGGUUGAGCAACAGAGUGGACGAGUGGAUAUUAGAAACCGAAAAGGCGUCGGAAAACUACGCCGAGUUGUUCGUUUCUAAAAUCACUUUCGAACACAACAAGUACGAUAAACAGAUUGAGCAGGUUUGCGUGGAGUGCACGGAGACGUACUCCGAGGCGCUCGGGAACAAGGAGCGAGAAAUAAAAAUAGCAGAGGUAGAAGAAGAAGAAGAGGACGAAGAGGAUCCGCCACCGGUCGUGUACCUGGCGCGACGACCGUUUGAUUCCAGGAAGUUGUUCUUAAUGCUCCGAAAAGAGUACGGGAAGGUCUCGUUCACGGAAGAUUUAGAUUUGGAUGAUGACGAUAAUAACAACAAAGAUAAAAUCAACGCUACCGCUACGUUGCUGUCAUCCAGCUUGCGUUCACAAGGCGUCGUUUGGGUAAACUCGCGCUUAACAACACCUCUGCAGUGGCUUCAUAAACACUCGGAACCCGUUCGCGUGUAUGCCGUGAACGAAAAGCCGUGGUUUAAAGACGACGCAGACGAAGACGAUGAUGAACAAAAACGAAAACAGUUGUUGUUUCGACGAAGCUUUAGUUUGUGCGGCGAUCGAAGGAAUCAUUUGGUCUUUGAAGGCGUCAAAGAUGCCGAAAAGCUUCGCGAAAUGUUAGACGCGUGCUUGUGCGAGUACGAUACCGCUUUUGAUGGAGACGAUUUUUGCGAGAAGAAAGAAGCUAACUUUUUCAUCGCGUGCCAACAAGUUUGGGAGUCGGUUCCAGACACCAUGGAGCGAUGUGGCGUCAUCGCCGAAGGUCGAGGCGGCGCCGGUUGCGUCGCACUGAUGCAACAAAAAGAACGAGUGUUUUUGAAAGACAAAACGUCUUCUUCGUUGUUAUCGCAGGAUAAACUAUCAGCAAAAGAAGAUGUAGAAGAAAAAGAAGAACAAAAAGAGGGGAAAAAAUUAUUGCCACUCGGCGGCAAAAUUGGCGUUCGCGUUCCCGAAGCGUUUUUGCGACCGACCAAACAACAAGGCGAAACGAAAGUUUUCUCGAAUAACAGAAAUCUUACGGGACAUUAUUUUCCAAAGAUGCCUUGCUUAGCGUGUGGGUCGCCGUGGUGGAUUGGCGACGGGGGAUGGAAUUCGACGUGCGCGAACUGCGGCGAAGACGACCGGUGCUACGGGCUCGAUCAAAUGCCGUUGCGGCAAUUUCGAGGAAAGCACAGAACGUUUUGCGAGAUGGUUUUGAGUAUGGAUGUCUGUCGUGAUGAUUAG